GCUCGAACGCGCAGCCGGGGUGGAGACGGCGGGAGCAGCUGUGCCUGGACUGGGGGCCGGAGCCCGGCUGCAUUCUGAGCCGCGCGCUGGGAAGGCCGGAGCCAUGACGGGCGAGGUAGUUUCUGAGGUUCACCUAGAAGUCAAUUAUCCAAAAAUUAUUUCACAAGAAGAAGCAGAUAGCCCUUCAGACAGUGGACAGGGCAGCUGUGAAACAACUGGGCUCUUGAGUGAAAGAGAUUCAGAUGAAGACAUAUUUGUGAGUAAGAAAUUGAAAAGCAGGAAGGUGCUACAAGACAGUGAUUCUGAAAAAGAGGACACGAAUGUGUCUCCAGAGAAAACUACCUAUGACAGUGUCGAGGAGAAUAAAGAGAACUUAUAUGCCGGCAAAAAAGGAAAAGUCAGAAGGAUUUGCAAAACUCUGGUGGACAGUGAUGAGAGUGACCUCGAAGAAUCUUUGUGUACAGAAAGUCUUGAAAGCCAGGUGACACCUUGCUUAGAACUGGGUCUCCAAUCUGAAAACACAGUGCACUUUACAGUUGACAGAAAGACCUCAAAAAACCCCAUACGUGAUAAAGGCGGAACUGGAGGAAAAGCUAAAGUAAAAUCAAAGAGAAGACUUGAGAAAGAGGAGAGAAAGAUGGAAAAAAUUAGGCAACUAAAAAAGAAGGAAAUGAAAAAUGAGGAAGAUAAUGUGAAACAACCAUUUAAUGACAGUGGCUGUCUUAUGGAUAAUGACCUUUUUGAAACUGGGUUGGAAGAAGAAAAUAACUCUUCAGUAGAAGAUGAAGAAUCAUUAGAAUCAAUAAGGGCAGCUGUGAAAAAUAAAGUGAAAAAGCACAAGAAAAAGGAACUGUCUUUGGAAAAUGGGAUCUAUUCCUUAGAAGAAGAAAACGAGCUCUCAAAAGGCACUGUGAGGAAGGAAAGAAAGGCAGCCAAAUUAAGUAAGGAAGCACUGAAAAAACUGCAUAGUGAGACUCAACGCCUUAUUCGAGAGUCUGCCCUUAAUCUUCCAUAUCAUAUGCCUGAGAAUAAAACCAUUCACUAUUUCUUCAAGCGAAAACCCCGGCCAACUUGCCAGGGAAAUGCCAUGACACUACUAAAGUCAUCAAAAUAUCAGUCAAGCCUUCACAAAGAAAUCAUAGACACUGCAAAUCUGAUGGGGGUGAAUAAUGACCACCAUAGCAAAGGUUCUGAGCAGACAGUAGGCACUGGAUGCGAAAUGGAAAUCAAUACACUCUGUGCAGUUUCAAAGGAGCCCCAGCUCACGACUGGAUCAGAUGAGUCUUGCAGUAAGGACUUGAUGGGAGGUAAAGAAAUAGAAGAAAAUCAGGAGAAACAGAAGCAGAGUGAUGAUAGACCUUUGCCUGGGGACAACUCAGUGGGACCACAGGAAUCCAACUUCCUUGGGAACAAGGACAGUGAGGACUGUCAGGCUGCGGGUCUUGAGGCACCUCAACCUCAUGCCCUCGAGGAAGAAAAUGAUCUGAGAAAAACAGAAGAAGCAGAUGAGAAGAUAGAAGAACCCAGACAACAAACUAAAGCAGCAACAGUUGUGCCACCUGAGAAAGUGAGGAGGUUCACUCUGGAUAGACUUAAGCAACUGGGAGUAGAUGUUUUCAUUAAACCUCGACUGGGUGCUGAUGAAGAUUCCUUUGUGACUCUUGAAGAACCUGAAGCCAACAGAGAACUGGAAGCCUUGAAGCAGCGUUUCUGGAAGCAUGCGAAACCGGCAGCCAAAUCCAGGGCUUGUCAGAAGCUGAAUGUAAACAUCAUAGUGAAAGAUGUGGGUGCUGACGGGAAGGAGGAGCUGAAGGCAGAUGUGGUACCUGUGAAUUUGGCAGCUGAGAAGCUGGAUGAAGCAAGCCACACAAAACCAGGUGAAAAGCUUCAGGUGCUAAAAGCUAAGCUACAGGAAGCAAUGAAGCUCCGGAGACUUGAGGAGCGCCAGAAACGCCAAGCAUUAUUUAAAUUAGAUAAUGAAGAUGGAUUUGAAGAGGAAGAGGAGGAGGAAGAAAUGACAGAUGAAUCUGAAGAAGAUGGAGAAGAGGAAGAGGAGGAAGAGUUAGAGCAGGAAGAGGAGAGAGAGGACGAGGAUGAGGAUGAAGGCCAUCAGAUUACAGAAUUCCUCCUCAGUGGUGAAGAAAUGGAGACCAAAGAUGAAAAAGAAAUGGAUAAAGAAAACAAUGAUGGCAGUAAUGAAGUUGGCAAGUCAGUUGGCCUUUCUGUUCCCAAACCUCUCUCCUCAGAUUCUACCUUACUUCUAUUUAAAGACAACUCUUCCAAAAUGGGUGAUUUUCCUAGUGAAGAAAAAUCAGAAACAGAUGAAAACUCAGGAAAAAGACCUAGCAAACUGGAUGAAGAUGAUUCAUGUUCAUUGCUAACAAAAGAGAGCAGCCACAAUAGCAGCUUUGAGCUGAUUGGCUCCACAAUUCCAUCUUAUCAGCCUUGCAACAGACAAACAGGCCGUGGGACCAGUAUUUUCCCUAGCGGGGGAUUCAGAUCUCCUUCCCCUGGGCUGUUUCGAGCCAGUUUGGUCAGCUCAGCUUCUAAGAGUUCAGGAAAGCUGUCUGAGCCUUCACUUCCCAUAGAGGAUUCCCAGGAUCUGUAUAACGCCUCCCCAGAGCCUAAGACACUUUUCCUAGGAGCAGGAGACUUCCAGUUCUGUUUAGAAGAUGACACUCAGAGCCAACUGUUGGAUGCAGAUGGGUUCCUAAAUGUUAGAAACCAUAGGAAUCAGUACCAGGUUUUAAAGCCCCGAUUACCACUGGCCAGUAUGGAUGAGAAUGCCAUGGACGCUAACAUGGAUGAACUGUUGGAUUUGUGUACUGGAAAGUUCACCUCUCAGGCUGAAAAACCGCUGCCCAGCAAGAGCGACAAGAAAGAGAACAUGGAAGAACUUUUGGAUCUUUGUUCAGGAAAAUUCAUUUCUCAGGAUGCCUCCGCUCUAGUACCAUCAGAGUUAAAUAAUCAAGAGACAGAGGGCAGCAUGGGUGAUCCGAUGGAAGAAGCACUUGCUCUUUGCUCAGGCUCUUUUCCAACAGACAGAGAAGAAGAUUGUGAAGAGGAGGAAUUUGGAGACUUUCGACUUGUCUCAAAUGAUAAUGAGUUUGAUAGUAAUGAGGAUGAACACAGUGACUCUAAUAAUGAAGAUCUGGCACAGGGAGAUCUUGACGAUGAUGAGGAAGAAAUCAUGAAGCAAUCCGAGAAGUUGAAAAGGCAAAUGAGAUUGAAGAAAUAUCUGGAAGAUGAGGCCGAGGUGUCAGGGAGUGACAUAGGAAGUGAAGAUGAAUAUGAUGGGGAAGAAAUUGAUGAAUAUGAAGAGGAUGUCAUUGAUGAAGUACUUCCUUCUGAUGAAGAACUGCAGAAUCAAAUCAAGAAAAUACACAUGAAAACGAUGUUGGAUGAUGAUAAGCGACAGCUACGUUUAUACCAAGAGAGAUACCUUGCUGAUGGGGAUCUGCACAGUGAUGGCCCUGGGCGAAUGAGGAAAUUUCGAUGGAAAAACAUAGAUGAUGCUUCCCAGAUGGACUUGUUCCACAGAGACUCUGAUGAUGAUCAGAUUGAAGAACAACUUGAUGAGACAGAAGCCAGAUGGAGGAAGGAGAGAAUUGAACGAGAGCAGUGGCUACGGGACCAAGCACAGCAAGGGAAAAUUGCAGCUGAUGAAGAAGAAGAAAUUGGGGAAGACAGUCAGUUUAUGAUGCUGGCCAAGAAAGUUACAGCCAAAGCACUACAGAAAAAUGUCAAUCGUACUGUGGUUGUUCAAGAAUCAGAGUCUUUAUUCAGAAAUCCUUUUGAAGUCAUCGGACCAGGAAGUGCCAGCCAGAUGAAGACGGGCUCUCUGCUAAACCAGCCCAAAGCUGUGCUUCAGAAACUGGCUGCCCUCUCUGACCUCAACCCCAGUGCUCCCCGAAAUUCAAGAAACUUUGUCUUCCAUACAAUUUCUCCUGUCAAGACUGAAACAGCAAAGGAAUCAUCGAAGCCUCAGGUGAGGAAAAGGGGUCCAUCUUUAAUGGCAACUCCUUCACCUAAGUGCCCCAAAACAGAUGAGAGUACUCCAGGAUUGAAACGAAGCAUCUUCAAAUUCUUGGAAAGCUAACCCCAGCAAGGGUGCCUGCAACUGUGUUGAAAUUGCUUUGAAAAGUUUCUGGCAUUGAAGGUGGGAGUUAAUGCCCACAUGGAUGAUCCCCCUUCCUUCAUAAUCAGUGCACUGAGAUUACAGACAGAAUCAAAAGGAUUUACACUGCAUGGCUCUGGACUCUCUUUCCUUUCCUAGUACUAUUUCCUGGGUUAGCCACUAAUCUUAAAUUCUUCAGUGUUUACAACAUCAUGGAUACUUGGAUGAAGGUUCAUUUCCUCCAUUAAAUAUUAGACACUUGAUCCUAGCAGCUUCCUGGAUUGAUACCACUUUGUGAUUGGGGUGGUUGGAGGAGGAAAAAAGUGGAUUAUAGAAGAUGAGAGAAAGCCGUGACUGUCAUUACCAGGAUGACUCCUUCACAGCCUAAGAUCUGCACCACAGUGACCGGACUCAAUGAAGGGCUUCCUAGACAGGCACCUAGAACCAGCAUCUAGGCUGUUCUAUUAGUCUUGCCCCUUCCAUUUUCCUGUCUGCCUCUUUCCAAGGCAGUCUCAAAUUUCAAAGUAACCUUUGCUUCCUUUAUAAUAAGAACUCAAACUAUUACCCAAGUCAGAGAGACUUUGGCCCUAAGUUUCUGGAGUGUGAGGGUUACACCCAGUGUGUGCCACAGGAGAAAGCCCAUGAGCAGGGGCCUCUGUCCUGGGAUUGAACUCUCAUUUCAGUGUUGCUCAAGGACACUUUUCCUUUAGAAGAGGAAAUACAAGUAUUAUUUAUUGCAUUCAACUGGGUGAGUACAUUGCCCUGUAACUUCAUACUUUAUUACUUGUUUUGAGAGAAGACCCUCAUGGAAUACAACCAAAAUAUUGUUGAAGCAAAUUUCUACCACUCCGGAUUUUCCCUGAACUGCCAUGAGGCUCUUGGAAUUUUAGACAGAUUUUUUUUUUCUCUCAGAACUGAGCACCACUACUGCUUUGGAAAAACAUUCCAUGUGAAUACUGUGGUUUCAUUGUCAGGAACUGGACUUGAGAAAUUGAGUGAGUUGUGCCAGUUUUUUAUCGGUAGAUAGGGAACACCAUUCAGUGGAAUUAGGGUAUAUCUUUUCUAUAGUUGUUUCUAAUAUACAAGAUGCUGACUUUGACAGAAUUUAUGUUUGUAUAUUUGUAAUUUUGUAACAGGGAAAAUGUAUAUAAAGAUAUUUUAAUGUGUGUAGUUUUUCAAUAAACCUCAUGCUGUAAAGGCAGAUUGACCGUUGAGAUUGAAUGCUGGGUCUCAGGUCAGCGUCUGUCUCGUGUUGAGCAUGUUGUUUUCAGGCUGUCUCCUUCCCAGGGAAGCACCCUGGGCCUGAAAUGAGAGGCACUCUGAGGUGAUCACAUGAACUCACCAAGUGGGUGAGUAUAGGUUAGGUUCAGUGCAGGUCGGGUUCACCAAGUUGGGUUCAGUGCAGGUGUAGAGAGUUUACAUACAAGGUACCACCUGUUAUAGCCCUUUGGUUGGCAGCCCUGGUCCAAGGUGAAUUAUUGUCCUUCCCUUUGCACCAUCUAAAUAGUGCCCAAGGCUGGGUAGCGCUUGCUGAGCAAAAGAGAACUGGGAAGUGGGGUUAGGUAUUUUUCCCUUCUUGCUUUCCCAUGUCCAUUUGUGGGGUAGGGAGGAGAGGAGAGGGAGGAGAUAGAGAAGAAGAUUGGAGUGAGCCACUGAGGAUAAAAUCAGUGCCUGAGAAAUCUGGGGAGCAAAUGUUCUAUUCUAGAGCCCAGAACGAGAAGUUGAGUUGUAAGCUCUGGGUCACUUUUUGCUGUGACAGUGUAGCUAUAUCAUAAAGCAGGCUAAGCCUGGACCUUGGUAAAAGGAUUGAAGCGUAGAGUUGUGACUGAUCUAUAUAGCCGGUGCAGUGAACCAUCAGCUUCAGCUACAGUCAUGAAACUGGAGCCUCACGGCCUGGCUUCUAGACUCAACUCCCCUAAUUUAGAAAUUCCAUAUGGAGGCAUGAGAACCUGGGAGUCUGGAGCCAGAGUAUGCUCAGUGACAGUUCUCUUGCCGCCUCCUCGUUCUGCACACUGGGAUAGGGACACAUGGUAUUUACUUCAUUUAAACAGGACUCUGGGGCCUCCCCUGGUGGCACAGCGGUUGAGCGCGGGGCUGCGAAGCUGCCCGCAGCCUCUGCAGCACUGGCUUGAUCCCCGGCAGCCAGCGAGGGUCCCACAUGGCGCGCAGACCUCUCCUGCCGCGCCCACUGCUCCUCUCAGCAGUGUAUUUCGGUCCUUCUGCCUGUUCUGCUUCCCGCUCUGGCUCUGGUAAAUUCUCUCGCCCUCCCGCGCUUCUGACUGCACCCAGUGGUUGUAUAAAUAAAUAAAUUAAAAAUCUUUAAAAAAUAAAAAAAUAAACAGGACUCUGUUCUCACUUAUUCAGUCCACAGUUACAUAAGCCAUGCCUGGGUCUGCUCCACAAAGCAUCAUUACAUUCACAAAAGCACCGUGGAGACAAAGUGCUUGGCCCCCUGCGCCAUCCCUCUCCUCAGCUGCCUCUCUACACACUUCUCCCCACUUUGAGAAUUUCUUUCUUUUUUUUUAAAGAUUUGUUUAUACAAGAACUGGGGUGCAGACCAGAGGCACAGGAGGGCGAGAGAAUUCACCAGAGACAGAGCAGGGAGCAGAACAGGCAGACAAAAGGAAAACACUGCUGCGGGGAGCAGCAGGCGCGACAGGAGAGGUCUGCUGCACCAUGUGGGAAUCUCCCUGGCCGGCCCGGAAUCGAACUUGUGCUGCAGAGGCUGCGGACAGCUUCACAGUGCUGCGUUCAACCCGCUGUGCCACCGGGGAGGCCCCACUUUGAGAAUUUCUAAUGGCUGGGCCUUUUCUGUUUGUAUCUCCAGGAGUUGUAUCUAAUAACUCUUGGUGGCCCUGUCCUGAGAUUUGUACAUCUGGGGGUUGGGGAGAGUAUUUCUGGGAGUAAUGUUGUCAUGAUGCUCUCUGAUUAUAUGAUCCUGGGUAGUGUUUGUCUUCUACCUUUGUAUCCUAUUUGCUGUCUGGCACAUGGCCUGAAAUGUGUGUUGCCCAAUAAAGGUUGAAUGAAUAA